AUGGUGGUUGUUCCUUUAGAGGAAGAGGAAGGGUUUGCUAAGAAUUUGGUUAAGGUAGAAUAUGAGUGGCAGCCCCCUAGAUGCAGCGUGUGCAAGGUGUUUGGUCAUACAGACUUGAAAUGUCCGAAACAGCAAAUCAAACAAACAAGGGCUGAUUAUCAAAAGUUAGAGGACGGGUAUGAGGUGGUAAAGAAGAAAAACAAGGCUAAGUAUGGAUUCCCGACGAAGAAACAAGGGACGAGGUUUGAGUAUAGGCCGGUUCCUAAAAACACUAAGCAUGAGCCAAGAAUCAUUAAUGUUAUAGACGAAUUGGAAAAAGCGACAAUUGCAGUGCCGUUGGAAGAGGUGAAUCAAGUCAAGACUAGCAAUAAAUUUGAAUUGUUGGGUGGGGAUGUGGAAUAUACGAUUGAAAAGAGUGGGCGUACUAGUGUAGAGAUGCAACAUAAUGUGUCAAAAAUGAUAAGCAUGAGACUGAAGGUGAUAAAUCUGAUGAUGAGGAAGUGGAAGAGGUGUAUAACGAAACAAUCCAAUCCUUGGUGGGAGACCGGAAGAAAUCUGAGGGGGCAAGCACUCCCGGUGAGAAUGUUCCCCAUGUCUAGUAUAGCUUCCUGGAAUAUAAGGGGGUUGAACCGCCCUCUAAAACAAAAAGAGGUUCGCAAGAUUUGGAGGACUUGGGAUUGGACUUCAAAUGGUAAUUGCUGUCCAAAGGGUACUAGAAUCAUUCUCGGAUGGAACACAGCGGACGUAGAUGUUAUGGUGUUGGAUCAAACUAGUCAAGUUAUCCAUGCUCAAAUAAAGUUUAAAAGGGAUUCCAAAAUCCUGUUUUGCUCGUUUAUCUAUGCGGAUAAUUACUAUAAGCAUAGAUGGGAUUUAUGGGAGAGUCUAUGGCACCACAAAGCAUUAGUCCAUGAUAAACCAUGGGUAAUGUUAGGGGAUUUUAACUCUUCUUUGAACCUAGAAGAUAACUUGUUUGGGUCGUCCAAAGUGAAUACUGGUAUGAGGGAUUUUAAAGAAUGUGUAGACGAUUUGGAAGUUUUUGAUGUCAACAGUACGGGAGUUCACUACACAUUGAAGCAAAAACCUAAGAAGGGAAUUGGAGUUAUAAAGAAAAUUGAUAGAAUUAUGUCCAAUGAUCACUUUAUAGAUAUAUUCCCAGCAGCUUGGGCGAUCUUCCACCCCAACAGAAUUUUGGACCAUUCGCCAUGUAUCCUAAAGUUGUCGUCCCUGACUAAGGAGAAGCCAAAACCGUUCAAGUUUGCUAACUUCAUUGCUAGUAAAGAAAGGUUUUUUAAAGUGAUCCAGCUGGAUAGUGACCCGAGUAAUGAUGGGCUUCGGCAAAAGGAGGUUGUUAUCUUUAAAGCUUUUAAUGAUGUUUCGGCUGAUGAGGAAUGCUUUCUCAAACAAAAAGCUAAAGUUGAAUGGCUAGGGGCUGGUGAUUCCAAUACAGCUUUUUUCCACAAUUCAGUUAAGAGUAAAAAUCACAGGAGUAGAAUUAAGUUUAUAAAAGAUACAAAUGGUACCCAAUAUGGAGGAGCUGAUGCGUCGAAAGCUCUCCUUGAGCAUUACGAAAAGUUUCUUGGACAGAAAGACAAUAACUUGGAGAGACCAUCUCCUGAAAUGUUUGUUAAUAAGUUAACAUUGGCGAAAGCGCAAACAAUGGUUGUGGCGAUUUCGGAUGAUGAAAUAAGGAAUGCUAUGAGCAGAAAGUUUAAGUCGUUCAAAGUGAGUUCUAGCUCACUUCUUCAACUUUUUCUUCUUGCUUCUUUAUUCUUAACACUUGAAUAA